GCGAGGGCGGACCGUGUGACGUAGAGCUGAGGCUCUGGCUGUUUAUUGUUCCUUCCUCAACACCGACAGAGAAAAACAGGCUAACGAGCUGUCAGCUACCUUUUUCACACGGUUCACAGUUGGUUUAACGAAGGUGUAACGGUCGAGACAGCUGACUGCACAAACCAGGGGCCAUGGCGUACGCGUACCUCUUCAAAUACAUCAUCAUCGGAGACACGGGCGUGGGGAAGUCAUGUCUAUUACUACAGUUCACAGACAAGAGGUUUCAGCCAGUUCACGAUCUCACUAUCGGUGUGGAAUUUGGAGCGAGGAUGAUCACUAUAGAUGGCAAACAGAUCAAACUGCAGAUCUGGGAUACGGCUGGUCAGGAAUCGUUCCGGUCCAUCACCAGGUCUUACUACAGAGGAGCAGCAGGAGCUCUGCUAGUCUAUGACAUCACAAGAAGGGACACCUUCAACCACUUGACGACCUGGUUAGAGGACGCUCGCCAACAUUCCAACUCCAAUAUGGUCAUCAUGCUCAUUGGCAACAAGAGUGACCUGGAGUCGAGGAGAGAGGUGAAGAAAGAGGAAGGUGAAGCAUUUGCCAGAGAACAUGGCCUCAUAUUCAUGGAGACCUCAGCCAAGACUGCCUCUAAUGUAGAGGAGGCUUUCAUCAACACAGCCAAGGAGAUCUAUGAGAAGAUUCAGGAGGGAGUGUUUGAUAUCAACAAUGAGGCUAAUGGUAUUAAGAUUGGACCCCAGCAUCCUACCACCAACUCCACACUGACCGGCAGCCAGGGAGGCCAACAGGCUGGAGGGGGCUGCUGCUGAAGCCUCAAAACACACCUCCUCCUUCUCCUCCUCCUCCUUCAACCCUGACCCUUCCUCCUCCUCGCCCUCUCCGACCCUCCCUUGCGUUUCUACAGAACUGUCCAGGCUCACUAACAGUUUGUUAACCUCUCUCUCUCUCUCUACUGCUCCAUUCUGUCAUCCAUCCAUCCCUCCCUUUCUGUCUUUUUCUCUGUCUUUCAGCCAUGUCUUUCUUAAGUCCCUUGACCAUGACCCAAGGGUCUCGGGGCCGUGUCCCCAUAAAUCAACCUGACUUCCAACAGUCUAACAAGGACGGAGUCAGCUUCACCUGCAGGUUUAGCCCCCAAAUUCUGAAGUUUUGCAGUUCAUCUUUUUUUUGGUUAGAUAAAUGGAUUUCUAUCUCUUUAUUUAAAAAAAAAAGCACGCUGGAAUGUGAAGAACUCUGUUCCAGCAGUUUAAUUUACGUACUUCUCUGAAUUCAUGAGGAUGUUGUUGGGAUAUCACAGUACCUCAGAAUCAUAAAAAAAUAGAGCUAUACCUUCAGUAACAGUGAGGUUGUUGGUAGAGAUUAAGCAACUGACUGUAUGGAAUAAAUCAUGCGCCGUGUUGUGUCUAUACACACAUCUGUACAUGUUUUGAAGAAAAUGACACAGCACAUUGAUAGCAGGACAUGUUCCUACAUGUCAAGUCAGUUUGCAUGCUGUGUCUGUGUGUAUAGGGACGAUAUAGGUAUUCCAGUAUGUCAGUUUAUGAGGUGUAGGAGGCAUUCAAGUCACUCUGUAUGUUCUGUCCAUAAAAACAAAGUGCAAAUAUUAUGUUAUUUUGAGCUUUCUUUCCCUAUUCUUCUUCAUGUUAUUUUUUUCUCUCUGUCUUUGUGUCCUUUUUGUUGACUUGCAGAUGAUUUGUAUUUAAUGAACACUACAAACUGGUUGUGGCUUAAAGUUUUUUAAAUUGUCUGGAGAGAGAAUAAAAGACCAAACUGUUAAGUGUGAUUAUGGAUCCUUUUGGGGAAGACGGAAGCCGAAAAGUUAAAGAAACGUUAAGGGAUGUUGAGAGCAGCGGCCGCCAAUAUGAAGUUAAGAAGUAAAAAGAGGAAAAUAGAUUGGAAUUUGAGACUUUUUUUGUUAACUAUAUUUAUCGGGCACAUUUCUGUGUAUAUAUGGCUCUUUAGGUUUCUGUAGCUUUUUUUGGCUGUUAAAGGUAAAGCUUGGCAUGUUGUUGUGGUCUAGUUACUUCUUUACCAGGGCUGGAAGAGAGACCCCACUGGACCUUUACACAGCUUUUUAGCAUUUUUAACAAUUCUCAUUUAAACCCAAAGGUACUGAGCCGCCCUGUUACAUUAGGGUAGUUGGUGCCCUUUCUUUUAAAUGACAAGUAUGAAUGAUAACAGGCUGUUAACAGGACCGUGUAGAGGCAUUGAAAGUCCCUGGUGGAGAACAGACUCCAGCUGAAAAUGUCAAGGCGUCUCCCUUUUAAGCAAGCUAAGAUUUCCACCACGAAUUAGCUGGCAGAUAUAUAAUGUAUACUGUUUAGAGCUUGAUCAAUGACUGCUGCAAUGUUUUUUGCUUCGAGAUCCUCCAUGUAAUAGGCACCAUUUUACUGUUAUGAUCAUAUUUUACUGCUUCAGUUACUUAUCGUUCAUCCUUCCCUCUCAUCCUCACCUCUCUAUCUUUCUGUCUUUCUCAGACUGUGUGGUAACAUUAGCUCUGUGUCUAUUUUUAAUGCCAAAUUAUUGUGUUUACCUGUGUUUUGUCAAAAAAAAAAAUGUGGGAAAAAAUCGACAAAGCCCCUAUAAUAUGUCCUGAAAUCAGCUGCCUGCCUUAACUCCACCCCCCUGAGAGAUUUGGACAGCUGCUAAAAUGUAUCAAACCGACCCCUUACCUGCAGAGAGGCAUUUUACCACUAACUAGCUAGUCGACGAUGCAUUACACAUGCAUAGAUGCACACUUAGAGAUGUGUAAAGUCAUAGAAACAGGCCUAGUUUGAGUUCUGUGUAUGAAUUGGGGCAUUUGAAAUGAAUCCAAACCCACAUGUUAACAUUGUUUCUUCCCAUCCCCUCCAUGCGCACACACACCCAGCCUGCAUACAUUAUAUGCAUGCAUACGUAGAGGAUGCAUACAUAUAUUUCUGUUUAUCUAACCUAGCUGUUUUCUCUCCAGGCUAACUGUAUAACUGUAGGGAGUUUUUGGGUUUCACAGCAGUGCGAGUGAAUCUGUUUUUCUCGGCAGUGUGUUCCUCUUAUUUUUCUUUCUUUCUUUUUUUAUUCCUAGAUAUAUUCAGACAGUUAUUAAUCUUAUUCUGAUGAUGGUUAUUCUUUGUAAAGCAAGAUGUAGUGUGUAUGUGUGUGUGCGUGUGUGGACCCAGAGGGGUUACAGGGGGAGGAUCAAGCCAAACCUGAUGCAUCUAUCUAUCUAUCUAUCUAUCUAUGGAUUGAUCUAGCUAUCUUAUCUAUGUGACCCUCCUCUCUCGCUCUUCCUGCCUCUCCUCCUCCCCCUCAACGUUAUUUGCUGUGUUUGUUCUUUGGAAAAAAGAAAACUUAAAAAAAAGAAAAAAUGAAAAUGCUAUCACAAUAAACUAUAAUAAAACAUUCUAAACUCUAAA